AUGCUUGGCCCUUGGGCUGUCGUUUUCCACGCUGCGACAGAAGUCAAUCACAUCUUUAAAAAGGAGGGAUACACAUUUGCAAUGCUCAGGAGUAUGGCUUGCUAUCUUUAUGGAAAUGAGCGUUUACCGAAUGACGUCGAUAUUCUGAUGUCAUCGCAUACUUGCGAUGUAGAGGGGUUGAAGAAUGUCUUGGUUUCUAGGAACCCAGAUUAUUUUUAUCUGGUGGACGCUAAGACGCCUGGAGCUGACUGGAAGGUCCCAUGGUACCAUGACCACGGUCUACCGAUGAUAUUUUCGGAGGCUAUCGUUGACAAGCAGGGAUUACUGGUCGUCCCCAUGUCGAUUCUGCUGCUCCACAAACUGAAGGAGUGGAAGGAUAACAUGGAGUCGACGGAGCGGCGACUUCGGAGCAAGCAUGACGCGGAUGUGGGGGAUAUAGGCUCCUUGUUGAGGAUUGUCCUGGAGGGAAUGACUAUGCAGGAAAGGAAAAACUCGACGUAUUGGAAGCGAUUUGCGCUGGAACGGUUCGAUGAGGAAUUCCGCGAUGAGACUGAGUAUCGGGUGAGGUUGUAUUGUUGGAGAUUUCCAGAGUAUCGUGAGAUGUGGCGAAGGCUAGGCUGGUAGAC